AAGGACGCGUCUGUGCGCGGCCACGUCAUGUAAACUAAACGGGGAAGGAGUUGCGUACACCAGGGUAACCAAAAUAGAAGGAGACUGAAACAGCAUUUCUGCCUUGUGAUCACAGUUUCGUUUGUUGCACCUGCUCUUUUUCCAAACGUGCAUCGGCGGAGAACCGACAGAUAAUCUACAGGGUCUUAAAUCAUAUGGCAAGAUGUCAGAUAUCGGGGACUGGUUUAAAAACAUCCCUUUCAUCACCCGUUACUGGUUUGCUGGCUCAAUUGCUGUGCCGCUAAUAGGAAAGCUGGGAUUAAUCGGUCCUAUGUAUCUUGUGUUAUGGCCGGAGGCAUUCUUUCAUAAAUUCCAGAUAUGGAGACCAUUAUCUGCAACGUUGUAUUUCCCAGUUGGCCCAGGGACAGGUUUUCUCUACUUGGUUAAUUUGUAUUUUCUCUACCAGUACUCCUCGAGGCUUGAAACAGGAGCUUUUGAUGGAAGACCAGCAGACUACAUGUUCAUGCUUCUUUUCAACUGGAUUUGCAUUGUUAUAACAGGCUUAAUGAUGGACAUGCAGCUCCUGAUGAUCCCUUUGAUAAUGUCUGUUCUGUAUGUCUGGGCUCAGCUAAAUCGCGACACGAUUGUAUCUUUCUGGUUCGGAACCAGAUUCAAGGCUUGUUAUCUCCCUUGGGUAAUUCUGGGAUUCAACUAUAUCAUCGGUGGCUCUGUUGUCAAUGAGCUGAUUGGGAACUUGGUUGGCCACCUUUACUUCUUUCUGAUGUUCAAAUACCCCAUGGACCUGGGUGGCAGGUCCUUCUUGUCCACCCCGCAGUUCCUAUACCAGAUGUUCCCAAAUCGACGAGGAGGGGUGUCUGGGUUCGGCGUUCCUCCGAGCAGGAGACCUGUACCCCAAGAGCAGGCAGGAGGAGGAGGAGGAGGAGGCGGCGGCGGUGGUGGUGGUGGGCGCCAUAACUGGGGUCAAGGCUUUCGUCUGGGGGACGACUAAAGCCUUUGACUCUUACGUUAAUGGAUAAAUACAGAAACUUCUACCAUCAAUGCUGCAGAAUAUGGAUUUUAUGUUUUGGGGUUCAUUUCUGUUGCUUUUCUUCUGACCCGCAAAGGAAAAGUGACGGGGGCUCUUUCCCAGCGUUACAAUGUCCUCUUACUCUCGAUGUCAUAUCACACUGUUAUUGAGUUUCACAGUGUGUACAGAAACUCUGCAAAAAUAUGUGCUGUAGCAGAGUUGGUGUAAUUGUAGGAAAUUCAGGGGACUUUGAUUUUGUUUCCCAUAUUAUGACCACAUCAUUCAACGUAUGCAGGCUUCAUGUUUUUUGCUAACAGUCAAAUGUAGCCGAUUAAUUUCUC